CGUCAUCUGUUUCGCCUCGUACCAAAUGUAAAAAUAUGUGACAACAACAACGUGAUAAGGUCAUCGUCGUAGUAUAGUGCUUUCCCUUUUUCUGGGUGUUGCUAAGUGCUAAAGGGAACGAGCCCGACUAGGCAAAAAAGCGUCGACGGCCAAUGCAACCGAGAGAAGUUCGUCUACGGCAGUGCGACGACGUCGUUCACCAUUGCUCGUUUUUGCAUCGCUUAUUGCAAUCUCCAAAAGCAGACAUUUCAGCCAUGAGCGCAUUCAUACCCGUACGCUGCACUCGAACCUGUGGAGAGCACAAGGCUGCAAGCUCUCAACAAACGAAUUCAACUACUCUGACGCUAUUGCGGAUCCACUUUGUCCGUGAAAUGUUCUCCCCGGACUUCGCGGAAAACGACACACCAAUAAACUCCACGAGUUAUAAACGCUACAAUUGGACACUGUACACAGGAAGAGCUGGAACAACGGCAAACAGCGUUUUUCUACUUAGUGCUACCGCGCGAGACGACUAUUUAGAGGAACCCCAGGAGCAGCCCAGUGCAGUCCAAACAGAUCAGCGUCACCCGGAGGGCGGAUUUUAUGCGCUAUCUUCACUUGGCUAG